GGGAAGCAAGGGUAGGCACUGGAGCCUACACCCCUGUCGUCCCCAGCCCGGAUCCAGGAAGCAGCCACCAGGAAGUCCACCGGGCCUGUAGGGGGCGAGGGCCACACGGGGCGUUGGCGGGCGGGAGCACGCACGCCUGCGUCGCCGUCUCAGAUGUGGCGAGGACGCGUCCGUGUCGCGACCUGAGCCAUUCAACAGCUGGCCUCGCCCGUAGCAGUCGCAGCGAGGCGAUCUGUCCCCUUCUUAGGAUGCCACAGAACAAUGCUCACCAUGAAGAGUUCCCAUGAACCGUGGUCUUUGUGAUAUUGUCUUCUUUGACACAUUUUCUGCAUAAGGUGGUGUGAGGACACCAUGACAGUCACAGUGGUUUAUGAUAACUCUGAGGCCACAGAGCUCUGUGCUGCCCAGCACCUCUACCUCAAGCCUAUAGCAAAGUUAAUGAUCAACGUAUUGCUCCCAGAAUGUAUAGAACCUGUGAGGCCCUUCUUUAACUGGGAAGUUCUUGACCAACUGAAAAGUCUGAUUUGCCCUGACCAGUUCACCACAGUGCGACUCUCCAAGAGUACAAAAGACUUCAUCCGAUUUGAAGGUGAGGCUGAAACUCGAAGUUUGAUUCAGAUCCUGAAAGCAAAGUUACAUGGGAAGAUCAUCAAGCUAAAUGGUUUGAAAACUGACUUAAAAGUAGUAGCUACAGAUGCCCAGGGAGAGUGGGAACACUUCCCCAAGGCAAAAGAGGCCUCAGUGAUUGAGGGAGCUGAAGAACAAAACCAUGAUAAGAGCCCAGAUUCCAUCUAUUUUGAAGGCUUGCCCUGUAAGUGGUUUGCACCUAAAGGUUCCAGUGGAGAGAAGCCCUGUGAAGAGAUCCUUCGAGUAGUCUUUGAGAGUUUUGGGAAAAUCAAGAAUGUGGAUAUUCCCAUGCUUGACCCCUACAGAGAGGUGAUGACAGGUGGGAGCUUUGGGGGUUUUAACUUCGGCUUGCAAACAUUUGAAGCCUUUAUACAAUACCAGGAGUCAACUGACUUUAUAAAAGCCAUGGAAUCUCUUCGAGGAAUGAAGCUGAUGCUUAAAGGAGAUGAUGGCAAAGCUCUGGCAUGUAACAUUAAGGUUAUGUUUGAUACAACCAAACAUUUCAGUGAAGGAGCUAUACAGAAGAGGAACCAGGAAAGGCUGAAAUUACAAGAGCUGGAGGAAGAGAGGAAAAAAGAAAAAAAGAGAGAAGAGGAAGUUGCUGAAAGGAAAAGAAAAGAUGAAAUAAGGAAAGCCCAAGAAAAGAGAAGGAAGGCCAGGGAGAGGAGGCGAGCUCUGAAGGAAAGAGACAGACACCAGCAAAGAAAGGAGAAGGUGAAAGCCAAGGCUGAGGCUCAGCAGGAGCUGGACUCUUUGGAAGAGUGGGAGGAGCGGAAGUACUUGCUGGCUCAGAGGCGGGUUGAGGCCCUUCGUUUGCUCCGGGUCCUCCUGAAGAAGAUUGAAGGAUCCACACAGUGUAACACACAGGAAGUUAAUGUUAUGAAACCUGAAGUUCAUCACACCCUAGGGACUACAAUGAAAUCUCCAGAGGAAGAAGAAUUAAACACUCAGCAUCUUCUAGAUUGGGAAGAAAUGUCAAGCAAUCAGGUUUCCAAGCCUGACAGUAAACAAAAACAAAAAGUAAAGAAAAGAACUCAGUUACAGAAAUCUUUCCACAGUUCUAACACUAAACAAAUAAGAUGGUCGACUAGAAAAGAGGAAAUUGGAAAAGUGUUAACUAAUGAGUAUGAUUACAGUUUGAUCUCUGACCAGAAUUCCUCAUGGAGUACAAUAAUUCUGGAUCAUUCUCUUGAUACAGAAGAUGAGGACAGUUUUAAUGAAUCAUAUUCUUCUAGACAAACUGUGAUAAACCAUGGCAGGAAACAGAAGAUCUACGAAACAGAUGAAUUUAUUCACUAUUUAUUAAAUUACUAUCAGACUCCAGAGUAUGCCCGAUUCUGUCUUGAAACAAGUCACUCAACAAGCAUGUAUCAGUGGCAGAGAAAUGUCUACACUAAGGGGGAUGGCUUUCAGAUCAAUUUAAGAAAACAUAGGUGCCACUCAGACAGUCUGAGUGAGGUGGAGAGCCUGGAAGGGAAAGAAGAGGAUCAAGAGCAAGGCUGGUCAGAGGUGUAUAUGAAAGAUCCUGAGAGUAAGUCACAGAAGACAAGCAAAAUCAGUGAUGUCAAAAAUUUUACUAAGAAAUUAAAAGACCAUUACAAGGAUAUAGCAAGUGAAACUGAUAAUCACCUGUCCAAAACUGAUGAAGAGAGCUAUCCUGUGGAAAAGAUUCACAGUCACAGAGUCAAAGAUCCUCAACACACAGGAAAAAGUCCAGUUUUUUCAUCAGUAAGGUCAGUAGAUAUAGGUUUGCCAUUGGCAGACUUCUUGGAGGAAAUUAGUAGUGAUUCUGAGUGCUUCAGUGAAAAUCUUAGCAUAAAUGAAGAAGAGGAAGAAAGGUCUGUGGCUGUCUAUUCUAGCUCCCCAGACAAAAGACCUCAUGGUACUGACAAAACCAUUACUUGCAAACAACGGAAAAGUAGGUCAGCAGAGUGGAAACAUGACAGUGAGGAGAGAUCCUCCAAACACAAAGUUAGGGCGCCUGGUAAAAGGUCCAAGUACGAACUGAGCUAUUCGUGGCAUGAGGAUGAAUGUGAUUCUGUUCAAGUUGACAAGAACAUGAGAAAAACUAGGGAAAACCUACCCCCCAGAUACAUGUUUGAUGAAGGCUACUACUAUGAAUCCAUUUUCAACAAUGAGGUUGAGAACAGCACAAGAAAGAGGAGGAGAGUUAUUAGUAUGAUUGACCAGAAUGUGAAAUAUAGGCCCCUACAUCUGUCGUUAAUACCGCCAAAACAUGCUAGAGCUUUCCAUUUGGGAUAUUUCUCCAGAAAAAGACAGAAUCCCUGGAUGUCAGAAUAUAAGAAUGUAAGAAGGCAUAAAAGAUUUGAAAGUACUGAAGAUUACAUGCUUGAUUCUGAUAAUUAUUAUGACAGUCAUGAUUACAACCAGGAGCACAUUGAGUUAUGAGUUAUGGACGCUACUUAGGAGACAUUCUCUGGCUUUCUGUAUUUUAAACUGUUCUAAUGGCUACUUGGAUCAGAAACACCCUUAUUUACAAGAAACAAUUGAUGAAAAGACAAACUUCAAACCAAAUAUAGCUGUUUUAACAACCACAGAGCAAAAACUAGAACAGGGUCAAGUGUAAAAGUUGUUCCUCCUGCCAAAGUUUAAAGUAUGAAUUAAAGUAUGACUGCAGGUAUGUCAGCAAUUUUGGAAGUAAAAAACCCUGUAUAUUCUGAAGCUUGGUGAAAUAAUGUAAUUGCAAAACUUCAUUAUUCAAGGACAGACUUUAUUUUAAGCUUUAAUUUGGUGCCAGUGAAGGAGAAGAUUCGCAUUAAGAAGGCUGACUUAGCUUUCUAUUGCUCUUACGCUGUCAUAACAUUCAUCAUCUAUCUUCAAAGAGGACAAAUAGACAUCUUUUGAUGUGUUUAUAGAUUUGGUCAGAAGUACUAUGUAUGGUAACAAUCUUUGCUAAAAUUUACUUCAUAAUUCUAAAUAAAGAAGAAAUCCAGAGGUUAGAACACAUGAUAGAUUUCAUGAAGACCCGUCAGAAGGAAAUGAGUAUGUUCAUAGCACUCAAUGAGUUAUUCAUUUACACACAGUUUUAGAAGAAGAAUCUAAAAGGGGCUGAUUACCCUUUGAUGGUUAAGUAGAUGGGACUGUUAGAAUUUUUCUUGUUUGUUUUAUGAAUCCCAUAUCUUUCCAUCAAAGCACCAGGAUUGAAUUCAUAAAACCAGAGGGAUUUGCAAAAAGAAAUAUCAAAAGAAAAAAAAAUCCUGGUGCAUUGAUAAUGGCACUUGGGAAGAAAAGUUGUGACAGUAUUCUACUUCAGGCUUUGUAAUCCUUUCACUCAGGGUUGGGUGACAUCAGUUUGUAAAAAGUCACUGACUAUCCCCCAAACUGACUUUUAUAAAACAGUAACAAGUGCCUCCUCAAUCCUUAUCAAUGCCAUGGAGUUAGGAAGAGUUGAAAGAAAAGCCCACAAUUUUGCAGCUGUGGAAAAAUUUUAUGUGCGCAGAAUUUGUAAACGAUGUUAAAUACGUGAUUUAUCUUUUUGCCAACUCGUUUUGGACUUCUUAAAUAUGUUUUUAAAUUGAGAUGUUUGUAGAUUCCUGAAGACGUACCCCUUAGUGCAGUGCAUGUUCUUGUAGCAAGCUUGGCCGACUCUUCUGCCUUACACUGGAUUCAGGACCUCAGGGCAGUUAGUUGACCUUCAUUUUCCCAAUAGACCAUCUGCAACAGGAAGAGUUAUUUAGAAUCCACAGAACCCACGAAGGGCAGCAUUUUCAUGGCACUUUUCAUUUCAGUCUCAAUUUGACGUUCUGCAGAAAAGCAUGUGCUAGUGGAGGCAGGUAGGAUGCCAGGCUGUGGGGCUCCCUCCUAUCAUGACCGGUGUGUCCAUAAACUGCCCCAUGAGCAGCAACCUGGCAUCCACAGUGCUUACAGUUCAUCUGAAGCAAAAGCCACAGGCUAUUUCAUUGAAUAUAUAUGUCCAAUCACUUAAAAGUUCAUAAAGGAAUGUAACGAUCCACGUGCAUUACUAAGAAACAAGUGAAUAGUAUGCUGCUUCUCAUGUUCAAUUCCACUUUCAAGCUAGUGGUUGGUUUCACUUUUAAAACUAGGUUUGACUUGUUGAAUCUGAGAGACUGCUCAUGUGGCCAGAGUGCCUUUUUUUUGUUUUGUUUUUGAGGACUCGCAGUGACUAUUCAUGUUCAAAGUACUGUUGCCCAAAGUAGCCUUUAAAAGUACUAACAGCUCAUAUUUUGUCAGAGAGUUUUCUGGAAACAUACUAUUCUCCUCCAAGAAAAAAAUCUGCCUCUUUUUCCUCCUUCACAUCUUAUUCCAUUGAAACAAAAAACCAUUAUGAAUUUGUAAUAGAAAGCAGCUGAUUGUUUUGAAACAAACAAACAAAAAACACUCAAUUUCUUUCCUUAUUUGAUAAUUUUCUUGUGAGACUUUAGGCAUUUUUGCUCAGUAAAAAUAAAUAAGAUUACAGAUUUCAGCAGCAUGUGCAAAGUUUUUUUGUGUUUUUUUUUUUUUUUUCUGUAAUAGACGUGGUGCUAAGUCAUUUUGAUGCAGCACUUUUGUCUUAUUUUUUUGUUUGCUGAAUGCUCUCCUGGGGCCUACAAGUAAAACUACUGCUUUUGGUGAACCCUGGAGUCUUGUGCCUGUCUGUGGUAAUGCAUUGUAGAUUUGUGUCAGCCCCUUUUUGGUGUAGGCCUUCCAUGAGAAAGGUAAUAUCUUCCUCUGUGCUUGUCACUCAGUGACUUAGUAAAGAAUGUAAUGGAACAAAAUGUUAUGACCACUUUUGUUCUUAAUAUUGUUGUGAAGAGUAUUUUCUCAUAUCUUUUUGUUUUAUCAAAGGCCUGAACUUGUUUUAUUUAAAUAGGGGUUUCGUAUGCUUUCCUUGUAUGUGCUGCUAAUCCUGUAAAGGAAAAGUCUGUUAAUGUGCUUUGAUCAUUUGUUUGAAUUUCUCAGGUAGAAAGCCAUGUAAUCUAGGCAUUUUGAAAACGCAACCAAAUCAAUGUGUUUUUGUUGCAAAACUGUCUAAUGUGUUAAUUUUAAAAUAAAUGCUGAUUGAUUCCAUUUUGGGGAGAAGUUUCUGUCUGUAGUAGGAUAUGUUGCACAAAUGUAGUUCUUUGCUUAUUUGCAUUGUUAGAACAGUGAUAUACAUUUAAUUUUCAUAUAUUUAAAAAUAAAAUUGUCAAUAGUGACAAU